ACAACAACACAAUUGUCUAGCUAUAUAUAUAUAGAUAUGAAUUAUAUUAUUUAGUGAUUUAUUUUAGUGAACCCUAAUUGUUAGAAAAAAAUAGAAUAAUUGUAAUGAUUUGUUGUUUGGCAUUUUUGGGGGGUAACGUACAGAUCCAGAUGCGGAGGUGAUAGCACUAUCUCCCAAGACCCUAAUGGCAACAAACAGGUUUAUAUGUGAGGUAUGCAACAAAGGGUUCCAAAGGGAGCAAAACCUACAGCUCCACAGAAGAGGACACAACCUGCCUUGGAAGCUUAAGCAGAAGACUACAAAAGAGCCUAAGAGGAAGGUUUAUCUCUGCCCUGAGCCCACAUGCGUCCACCAUGACCCUUCUCGUGCUCUUGGUGACCUCACUGGCAUCAAGAAGCACUACUCUCGCAAACAUGGCGAGAAGAAGUGGAAGUGCGACAAGUGUUCCAAGAAGUACGCUGUUCAAUCCGAUUGGAAAGCUCAUUCCAAGACCUGUGGCACUAGAGAAUACAGAUGUGAUUGUGGAACUCUCUUCUCCAGGAGAGACAGUUUCAUCACCCACAGAGCUUUCUGCGAUGCAUUGGCUCAAGAAAGUGCAAGGCAGCCACCGAACCUGAACAACGCCAUUGGAACCCACCUUUAUGGAAGCACCAACAACAACAUGGCCCUAGGCUUAUCUCAGGUGGGUAUGGGUAUGGGUGUUGGUGUUGGUGUUGGUGUAGGUGUAGGUGUGGGUGUGGGUCCACAACAGAUACCCACCGCCAUGCAAGAAUCUAGCACUGAUCUCUUGCGUCUUAGUGGUCGAACCGGUCAAUUAGACCAUCACAUGCUUCCACCACCACCAUCAUCCUUUAGAACUUCACACCAUCAACCAUUCUUCAUGAAUGAUCAUCAAAACUUCCAUGGCCACCAGGGACUCAUGCACCUAUCUGAUCUUAACAACAAUAACAACAACAGCAUGGAUAAUAAUUCUCCAUCAGGAGGAGGAGGAGGAGCUAAUAAUAAUAGUAGUAACAACAACAAUAAUAAUAAUAAUAACAGUAACCUCUUCAACCUUCCAUUCCUUUCAAGCAACAGCACUAACAGCAGCAACAACUCUUUCUCUGAUCAGCAUGGUAACAACAACAACAACAAUGAAGGGAACAACAGUUUCUUCACCGGUGCAGGUGGAAGUGCUAUAAUGCACCAAACAACCUCAUCAACUGCACCAUCACUCUUCAGCAAUUCCCUCGAAACAAACAACAACAACAACAACAGCGGUUCCAUUUCUCACAUGUCCGCAACUGCACUCCUUCAGAAGGCAGCACAGAUGGGUGCAACUACAAGCAACAGCACCGCCUCACUCCUCAAGAGCUUCGGCGUCACUUCCACAACCAGCGCAGCUGCAAAACCACCUCAUGAUCAUCAUCAUCACCUGAGGGCGGCAACAAUGGUGAGCAAUGCUGCUGCUGCAGCAAGCUAUGGAAGCAUAUUCGGGUCAGGGAGCGAGCAGGGUAACCUCCAGGAUCUGAUGAACUCGUUUGCCACUGUAGCUUCCGCUGGACACUCUUCUUCCAUGUUCGAAAGCGGUGGAGGUUCUUCUGUAGGGCUUAUGGCUGGGUUUGAUCAUGCAUACGAUCAUAGCUCAAACAGUAGGGAGCAUAAGCUGCAUGGAGUGAGCAUUGGUGGUGGCUCCGAUGGGCUCACUAGGGACUUUCUCGGUGUUGGUCAAAUGGUUAGAACCAUGAGCAGUGGCGGCGGCGGCGGUGGAGGAGGAGUUUCUCGAAGAGAACAGCAGCAACAACAUUGCUUCACGUUGAGCUCGAUGGAAGCUGAAAGGAAUAGUAAUGCUGCGCCGUCAGGCCAAUCUUUCGGUAGUAGUGGCGGUGGAGGAGGGAAUUUUCAGUGAGCAAAAAAGAAAAAACAUCAUCAGCUUCAGCGUAAAAGAAAGUACAAAGGGGGUUUCAACUUUCAACUUGAUCCAUUAAAAUAUGACUGCCUAGCUUCACCUAGUUCUCGCCUUUUGAGAGCAGUAACUUGGAAUCAUAUGGGAGUUCCUGGACUUUACUAAUGGCGCAAGC